CGGUUUUGACCUACUUCUUCAAAAGAUUAUGACAAUGCAGUAUAACAUCCCGACCAUUACAUACAUUUCCAUAGUAACACUGAGUCUGUUGGUCACUUUUAUGCAGAUAGAAACUGUAUCAGGAUCAGUGGGUGAUAAUUCACAACCGUUUAUUGAAUGUUUGGCAACCUGUCGAACACGAUUAUGCGGCAUAUCUGACAUAAAAUAUGAGAACAAAUUACCAUUCUAUAUGAGAUGGUUAAAAUGGAACUGUGUGGAUGAUUGUAAAUACCAGUGCAUGUGGCCAACUGUUGAAUUUUUCAAGGAUAGAGGUUGGCCAAUUCCACAAUUUCAUGGAAAGUGGCCAUUCACAAGAUGUUAUGGCAUUCAAGAACCUGCUUCAGUUGUAUUUUCAAUCCUCAAUGCAAUCACUCUCAUCUACAAUCUCUGGUGGUAUCGUAAAAAGGUGGAAGACAAAGCUCCAUUAUAUAAUAUAGUUCAUGUGGGAAAUGUAGUGUCUGUGAAUGCCUGGGUCUGGUCUUCUGUCUUCCACACCAGGGACACUAGGAUAACAGAGAUGCUGGACUAUUUCUGUGCCAUCUCUCUUGUCAUUUACUCUGUCUUCAUGCUGGCCUGCAGAGUGUUUGGUACAGAGAGACCCCUGAAAGCAUCUAUCUGUGGACUGAUUCUCUUCUACUUCUUUGUGUGGCAUGUUCACUACUUGGCAUAUGUCAAAUUUGACUAUGGCUACAAUAUUAAAGCAACUGUAUCAGUUGGAGUGCUGAAUUCUAUAGGUUGGUUAAUUUGGUGUGCUGUUGUGCGGAAGCGGCAACCCUAUGUCUGGAAAUGUGCCCUCUCUAUUGUACUUCUUAACCUGCUCAUAUUGCUUGAAGUUGGAGAUUUCCCACCAAUCUGGUGGGUCUUUGAUGCACAUUCUCUAUGGCAUGCUGGGACUGUUCCAUUGCCUUUUAUUUGGUACAGUUUCCUGAUUGAUGAUUGUAACUAUUUAUUGAAAGAAAAACAACAGCGAAAGGAACAAUCAAUUGAUGCAACAUCCUCACAAACUGCUGAAGAAGUUAUUAAGAAAAUAUCAUAGAUCUUUGUGUGGACCAAUGUGGACUU